GUUGUUUCCAUCGGACCACUUUUAGCGACGAACCAAAUGUUCAAGCUACAAAAAUCCAAAUGUUGACUUUUUAACAAUUGAAGAUAAAAUUGAGAGAAAACAUGGCGGAACAACCGGUCAGAGUUCUGGCGUGUGGAGAUGUAGAAGGCCGACUGAACGCUCUGUUCAACCGAGUCCAGACCAUCCAGAAGAAGACGGGACAGUUUGAUCUGCUGCUGUGUGUCGGAGAGUUUUUCGGGACGACCCCGGAGGCUGAGGCCGAGUGGCAGCAGUACAAAACUGGAGCCAAGAAAGCUCCCAUCCACACCUACAUCCUCGGCGCAGCGAGCCAGGAGACGGUGAAGAGUUUCCCCAGCGCUGACGGCUGCGAGCUGGCUGAGAACAUCACGUAUCUGGGUCGUCGCGGUGUGUUCACGGGCGUGUCGGGGUUACAGAUCGCCUACGUCAGCGGCAGAGAGGCCCUGCAGGAGCCGGCCCCCGCUCACUGCUUCACGUCCAAAGACCUGUCGGCCCUCGUGGCCCCGCUGACCAGCAGCUCCAAGUUCAGAGGGGUCGACAUCCUGCUGACGUCACAGUGGCCCCGAGGAGUGUCGCAAUACGGAAACACCUCGGAAGUGAACACAAAGUCAUGUGGGAGCAGCUCCGUCGCCAACCUCGCCGACAAACUGAAACCACGAUAUCACUUCGCUGCACUGGAGGGCGCUCACUAUGAGAGACUCCCGUACAGGAAUCAUGUCGUCCUCCAGGAAAAUGCGCAGCACGUCAGUCGCUUCAUCGCCCUGGCAACCGUCAACAACCCCGCCAAGAAGAAGUAUCUGUAUGCCUUCAACAUCAUCCCCAUGAAGACGAUGGAUCCCACAGAGCUGGUGAAGCAGCCGCAGGACGUCACAGAGAACCCGUACAGAUCCUCCGCGAAGGACAAGACGGACAAACUGAAGACAAGUUUCAACACCACAGAGGAGGAGGAGCCGUCCCAUCAGUUCUUCUUCGACCUGAGCAAGAAGCAGGGCGGAGGUUUCCGAGGCCGCGGCAGGAAGAGACACUCGGACGGAGACGGACGAGGACGAGACCAGCAGCAUGAGGCGGGAGACGGACGUCAUCAGGGACAACCCAAACAGCCCCGCAGACACCCUCAGCCGUCUGGUCCCUGCUGGUUCUGUCUGGCGAGUCCUCAAGUGGAGAAACACCUGGUCAUCAGCAUCGGAUCACACUGUUACCUGGCUCUGGCUAAAGGCGGCCUGACUCCUCAGCACCUGCUGAUCCUCCCCAUCGGUCACUACCAGUCUGUGGUGGAGCUGAGCUCAGAGGUGGUGGAGGAGAUGGAGAAGUACAAGUCGGCGCUCAGGAGCUUCUACAAGAGCAGAGGAGAGCGCUGCGUGCUGUUUGAGAGGAAUUACAGGAGCCAGCACCUGCAGCUACAGGUGGUCCCGGUGCCGUUGGACCGCUGCGCCACAGAGGACAUCAAGGAGGCGUUCAUGGUCCAGGCUCAGGAGCAACAGAUGGAGCUGAUGGAGAUCCCUCAACACACCGACCUCAAACAGAUUGCUCCUCCAGGGACUCCGUACUUCUACGUGGAGUUGGAUUCAGGGGACAAACUCUAUUACCGCAUCCAGAAACAUUUCCCUCUGCAGUUUGGAAGGGAGGUGCUGGCCAGCGAGGCGGUGCUGAACAUCCCGACUCGAGCCGACUGGAGGGAGUGUAAACAGAGCAGAGAGGAGGAGGAGGAGAGCUGCAAACAGCUGAGAGACGACUUCCAGCCGUUCGACUUCGCCUGGGAGGACUAACACACACACACACACACACACACACACACACAUUUUCUACAACAUCUCCUCCCUAAUCUGUUAAAGGAACAGUUUGUUUAUCCCUCUGUUGGUGGAGGACGGAGUUAGAUAAGAUAAACCCAACUCAAACUCCACCCAGAAACCAGUUAGCUUAGCUUAGCAUAAAGACUGGAAACAGGUAGAAACAGCUAGCCUGGCUCUGUUUACAGGCAACUAAACAACACUCUACCAACACGUCUCAAACUAAUAAUUGACUCCAUAUAUCUAUCAGUGAGCGUUAGAGAAGCUUGGAGAUGGAUUUUGUUGCCUUUGGACAGAACCACACUCGCUGUUUCCUGUCUGUAUGCUAAGCUAAGCUAACCAGCUGCUGACACCAGCUACAUCUGCACCACACAGACACGAGAGUGAGAGAGUGGGAUCAAAUCCUCUCAUUUAAAUCUCAACGACUGUCAAACUGUUCCUUUAAAUCAGAUCAAAUCUGUGUGUCUUUGUUUGUUUUCAUGUCAUUACAAAAAGAGAAGAUCAUGUUCCUGUUUGUGCUCCUUCACAAUAAAAGCUGAAGUCCACACAGACUGAAGCUAAAAAAAUGUUUUGUCAAUAUAAAUAAAACAGUGUACCAUCAAA